AAUUUAUGACUGGCCAACACAUGCACGUGAUCGCAUCCAAAUACCCCAUAUUUGGGCAGUGCGCUCCGGAUCAAGAAUAAAAAAAGAGAGAAAAGAUACCAAAGCCUACUCCACCUAUAAAUUCUGGAUUAUUUUUUUACUCUUCUUUAGGACAGGCAGCUGUGAAUUUUCCAUAAGAGGCUACAAAGAAAAAGAAAUGAUCAACAAAAAGCAGGAAAUACCCGCCACCCUCAUCCCGUGUGUAGUUUGAAAAGAAAGUGUUGGUGGGUAGAAUUAGUUUUGAAAUGAACUCUGUUGUCGAGCGCUCCAGUUUUGGGCAAACAAGCGAGACAACUUCUCCCAACAGCAUGUUUACUUUCGAUGCAUCUGGGCGCACGUCCAGCCGUUAUGAGGGUGUUAACGUAAACGGGAUGUACUCCUGUCCCGUCCCCACGACCUCUGCGCAACGGGAGGAGAUCAAAACUAGCCUGCGUGGCAACACGGAUAUUCCGCUCCCGCCCGGACCGCAGAUAAGCAUGCUCUCCAGCGGCUCGUCGAGCGGGCUCGGCUACGGACGAGGCGCAGACGGAGACCCGGAGAGAAGCGCAAAACGAGGAGGUAACAGGAGCCAGGAUGGCGACCAAAACACGGAAAGCGCGCAGACAGUGAACAGAAACGCAAAUGCGCACCAGCGUCAGGAAAGUGAACAGCGACCGCAGAUUUAUCCCUGGAUGACAAAACUGCACAUGAGCCACGAAUCGGAGGGUAAGCGCUCCCGGACCAGUUACACCCGCUACCAGACUCUGGAGCUGGAGAAAGAGUUUCACUUCAGCCGCUACCUGAGCCGCCGCAGGCGCGUAGAGAUCGCCAACAGCCUGUGCCUAAACGAGAGGCAGAUCAAAAUCUGGUUCCAGAACAGAAGGAUGAAGUGGAAGAAGGACUCAAAGAUCAAAGUGAAGGAGUGAAAAAAAUAAGCAGUGCAGCACCCCUUUUUUUUCUCCCACUGCAGCUCCACACUUGCACAGGAGCGCUGGAGUUGCCCGCCUGACCUUCGGAUGAACCGUUAUAAGGAGCAAUGACAUCAUGACACGGCUCUGUGUGCUUCAUCACCAAUUAUGUGUCACUUUCUGCGGUUUGGGACCUAAUGUAUUGAGUAUCGCUCACUAUGAUCAAUCGGUUUACAUUUCUAAAUUAAUUUGCUGCCUAUGCGAUGAUAACACCACUUUACUGAGCAGAAAAAAUCGGUGGUUCUGGUGGGAGCUGGGUCCUUCAAGGCUUUUGGUCCGCAUUGCGGGAAAAAAAAAAAAAAAGAAGAAGCUGCACAACGUUAUUAAUAUGUGUUCAUAGUAUAGGGGAAAGAUUAGUGACUGAUAGUUCUGGGCAUCAUUUCCAGCUUCGUAAGCGUGUAAUUAAAAAUUAAGGUCCGUGAGUAUGGAAUAAAUAAAUUAAUAAAAAUGUGUUCAGUUUAAAAAUUCUCUGUCCUCUUAUUUUCUUUGAAGAAAUUAAGAUUUUUGUUUGAAGGUAUGAUGUGUUUAGUGAGCAGUUUGUCAUCCAUGUUGUCCGUCAUAACCUUGUGACUGUGUGUGAUAACGCUGUAAUGUGCAAUGAAGCAACGUCUGUUUCCCAUAGUAAACUAAAAGGUGCCUGGUACACGCAAGGGCUGAGUGAUGCCUAUUUGUUGACUGUAACCAAUAAAGUCAUUAAAAAUAAGA